ACGUGCAUUUAGUACACGGGAGAAUAAUAAACCUAAUGAUAAAUUAAAACAAGAUAUAAAGAAUAAUUUCACUUUCGUUAUAGAUUACGAACAAAAUCAACAAUCCAAUGGAGAUAAUAAUAAUAAUAUAGAGAAUACAAAUGUUUUGAGUGAAAGAUUAAGUACUCCUGUUAAUAGUCAUAAUCAAUGGCCUGGACAACCACCAUUAUAUGAUAUUGAUGCUUUGAAAAGACAUGCUGAAAUGAUAACAAGAUAUAGUAACAACAAAAAAGUUGACUAUCCAAUAAUAUCUUCUCGUCCAUCUUCACAAUCAGAUCAUUCAGGUUCCGGUUCUAUGAGAAAUUCUUCUUCUUCACUUUCACUUAUUGUAGACCUUCCAAAUGGAUCAGAAAGUGUUCCGAGUAGUCCGAUAUCCACAUAUAGUCCAAAUAGUACAAUGUCUCCAAUAAGUGAUAUUCCAUCUGGCAGAAGUACUCCUCCUCAUAUAUCUCCAAGAAAUCCAUUACGCCAAACUGAUAAAAGUCGUGUGAAAUAUUCUUUUGGAAGUCAGAAUAGUACGUCUGACGUUGGUAGUGAUGAUAAGAGAGAUUCAAAAGAUAGUAGAGCUUCUUCCUCUUCACGUUUUAUGAAUAAAGUAAUUCGUCGUACGAUUAUCAUCACUAAACCAUAUCUUCCUCCUUUACCUGAAGAUCCUUCUUCUGCUUCGACGACUUCAUCGUUUACAAAUCCAAUAACUGGUUUGAAGAAAAAUAUUGAUGUUAAUGGGAAAAUUCAUGUCGCUUCCGAUGGUCGCCAAUGGUUUCUUUCAAAAAAUACAUCAAAUGAUGAUGAAAAGGAAGAAAAAGAGGUGAAAAGUGAGAAUGUUGAUGAUUCAACAUUAUUAAGCGUUUCUAUUUCAAGAACUUCAUUAAAUAACCGACCUCCAACUCCUAUACCUUCUCCUAAUACAAGGGAAAGUGCUAUAGAUUUACCUUAUGGUAUCCCGAUACCACCGAUACCACCCAUACCAUCAAUACCAUCUCCGUAUAGAAAUAGUAUAACGUCAAAAGGUUCAAAGCGUACAAGUAAAUCUAGUAUAGCUUCUUCAUUAAAAUCUUCUUCAAGUAAAUUUAAUAGAAAAUCUAUAGGUAGUAAAAGCAUUUAUAGUAAUUACAGCGAAAGCCUAUAUGAUUAUUAUUAUUAUAGUGAUCAAGAAGGAGCCGAUGAUGAAGACGAUAAUAGUUCUAAUAAUCUUAACACGAAAAUAAAACAGUUGGAAAGUCAACAUGUUGAAGUAUUAGAAAUGUCAGAUGGUUCUUACGUAUGGCAAGUCGUAAAUGGUUUACGUGGUGAAGAUAUGGAAGACCGCUAUAAUUUUGGUAGAUUGAAUUAUGGCCGUGAUCUUGAAGAUGAUCAAGUUUCUCAAUUAUCUUUUAAUGAUAAUAAUGAAUCAAUAUAUAGUCAGUUAGAUUAUUAUACUGCUGAUUACCCAAGUCCUUUACAUCUUCCUGGUGUUGAACCUCUAUCUAAACAACAUCAGUAUUUAACUCCUGAUAGAAUAUCUUCACGUAGUAGAAGUCCAAAUAGGUUAAUCAAUAAAGAGUAUUCUUAUUCUAAUGCUUCAUCAAUUUCUUCUAAUGGUGAUGAGAAUUUUAUACCAAGAACAAGUGUAUAUUUUGCUAAAGAUGUUCCAUUGCCAAAGUUAUUAGAAGAAAUGACAAGAGGUUUAGGAAAUGUCGAUUUGGAUAGAGAAGAAAAUCAUUAUGUAUACGGUGGUGAAAUUGAUGCUGGUGGUACCGGUGUUGUUGGUGGAAUGACUGUUGAAGAAAAAUUGGAACGAGUUAUGAGAGCUCUUGGUGUUGAUGAUAGAGAUGCUUAUGUUGAUGAGUAA